UCUCUCUCUUUCUCUCUGUGGGAUUGGCGUGGAUUGUUAUCAUUUUAACUGCAUAAAAAAGAAAAGGGCGCGGGUCGUCAUCCAUGACCAGUGGACAUACCCAGUCCCUAUAUUUUUGUACUUUUUAUGGUUGACCGGUGAUAUUCUAUCAUUAGCCUCCCCGUGACUGAUUUUCCUAGCCUACCCUUUUUUUUUUUUACCUAACCACAACAAUCACAAUGCCUCCGCCUAAGUAUUGGAUCGUUCUUGGUUUAAGUUUACAUAUUUUUUUCGUAGAUAAAGAAGUUAAAGCACAGUCUCCCUGGGGGGAUAUUGCGCAGACGGAACUGGAUGAGGCACUCCGAGUAACUGCCAACACUAAUGUUGCUAGGAACGUCAUUGUGUUCCUAGGAGACGGGAUGAGCAUCUCCACGGUAACGGCCUCCAGGAUUCUUCAAGGUCGUCUGAAGGCAGAGCUAGGGGAGGGGAACUAUCUAGCAUUCGAAAAGUUUCCAAAUUCAGGCCUGAUAAAGACAUACUGUAAUGAUCAAACAACGCCCGAUUCAGCCUCCACCGCCACCGCCAUCUUGUGCGGGGUCAAAACAAACGCCCGCACACUCGGGGUCAAGGACAGCGCUGUGCUUGGUAACUGUACGUCACAGGCCGGUAAUGAAGUGAAUAGUAUUCUGGACUGGUUCCACGCUGAUGGUAGAUCCACAGGUAUCGUAACGACAGCCAGGAUCACACACGCCACCCCCGGGGCUGGCUACGCCCACUCCGCUGAUAGGGAUUGGGAAGGAGACUCAGAGAUGGAGGGGGUGACCGGGGGAUGUAAGGACAUCGCCUAUCAGUUGGUUAAAGAAAAUCAACACAUACAGGUACUCUUUGGGGGUGGUCGCUAUUAUUUCCUUCCGAAUACUACAAAUGAUCCUAAACAUGGCGACAAAAAUGUGAAAAAACAGAGGAGGGACGGGUUAGAUCUAACCAAGGAGUGGCAGAAUGACAAAAAUGAACGCAAUCUCCGAUCGAGCUACAUGUGGACCAGACAACAGUUAAUGGACAUAGACCCACAGAAGACUGACUAUGCUCUAGGUCUUUUUAAUGACGAUCACUUAAGUUUUGAGCUGGACAAAGACAGUGAUUCAACCGAGGAACCCAGUCUCGUCGAAAUGACGGAAAAGGCGAUACGGAUUCUCCGUAAAAACCCUAGAGGUUUCUUCUUACUAGUGGAAGGUGCCCGUAUUGAUUCUGCUCAUCACGAUAACAAUGCCAAGAGAGCGUUAUAUGAAACGCUGGCAUUUGAGACGGCGAUUAGGGGGGCGUUAGAGCUGGUGGACGCUAGUAACACGCUGGUGUCGGUAACGGCGGACCACUCACACUCAUUCCUUAUAUCGGGCUAUGCUUCUCGUCACAACAGUUUGUUUGGUUAUGUUGACAAAGUAAAGGCUAAGUAUCGUCCAAAAGACGGGGUCCUGUGGACGACACUGUUGUACGGCACUGGACCGGGCUAUGACUGGGGACUGAGGACCAACAAAUCAAAACAGGAGCUGGAAAGCAAGGAUUACAUCCAAGCCGCCGCCUCGCCGCGGUCUUCCGGUACACACGACGGACAGGAUGUGGCAGUGUAUGCACGUGGUCCGAUGUCCCAUUUACUUACAGGCGUGCACGAGCAGCAUUACAUCAAUUACGUUAUGACGUACGCGGCAUGUGUUGGACGGCACAAACACAAGUGCAUGGAAGAAUCCAGACUAAUUAACUCUGCUGCUGUGGAAAAAUCUGUAUUGACCUUAUAUGGUGCUGUCUUUGCCUUGCUUAUUCUGUAUCGAUCUGCAAACCUUUUGUUAGGCCACUGAGUCAUGCUAAGUAUAGAGAUGACAUAUUUUACCUGUGUCCAUCUACAUCUUCACCUUUUUAUGACCUCAUUAAUAUCUCAGAAAUGAUCAACACUUAAUGAAUAGGAUGUAUGAUAUUUUAAACAGACAAUACCUGCAUAAUCUAGAAGGAUCUAUCGAUUUGGAUGUUAAUGGUUCUAUGAUGAGGCGCUUAGUUCUUGGGCGGUACCGAAUGAAACAUUAACAGAUAAGGGAAAUAACUUUCUGGUGAUGCAUGCUAAUUCAUAAUACAGGUUGUAAGCUAGCCAUAACAUAAGCAGAUAGUAAUAUUUCCUUAUUUUACCCCCUAAUGCCAGUUGGACUCUUUCAGUACAUCAAUUUUCACAUUGAAUAAAUCAUAUAUUUGUC